AUGAAUCCCAAUACCAGUUACAAUGACAUUGAUCGUAGAAUGAAAUACCUAAUUGAUCGCCCAGCAAGUAACCAUUUGCUGGCACACAUAUCGCAUCAAGCGUCUCUCGUGAUUCCCUGCCACCAUCUACACGAGAAUUAUAAAAGUCCUAUACCUCCAUUACCUACGUUUGUCAACUUGCUGGCAAAAAGAUCCUGUGCUCGUACGGGCACAUUGCUGGCCUCUCUCGUUCUAUUAGACAGAUUACGACAACGACUUGCUCAAUUCGCAAGGGGGAUGCCAUGCACUUGUCAACGCAUCUUUCUAGCUACGUUGAUUGUCACAACAAAGAUAUUACAUGACACAUCGCCAAAGAACAAGCAUUGGACCAAGUAUGCUGUUUACUUUACCUUGCCAGAGAUCAAUUUGAUGGAGAAGCAGUUGCUGGCAUUGAUGAAUUACCAGCUCAUCAUAUCUGAAAAGGACAUGUACUAUUCCUUCAUCACCUACGACAACACAGUUGGGCUUCAGCUACCUCCUAUUGUACCGCACCAUGACAGAUCAUAUAUCCCUAAAUCUGCAUCAUUCAAUACCAACUAUUGUUGCCAGCCUGUAUUAUCCAAUAUCAUACACCAGCAACAGCAACAGCAAUAUUACCGCCAUUCCAACACCACUGCCACAACCAAUGCGCGAAAAGGCAACAAUAGGAAACGAUUGAAUAUAUCCACCUCAUCUUCCUCGUCGUCACUUUCCUCCAUGGAGGAUUUCAUUGUUACGCCAACCACAACUGAUAUGUACUACAACAAUAAAAACAACAAAUACAGUAAUCACAACUUGAUAUACCCUAUGAAAAUUAAUCCUUAUUGA